UGACCCAGUUUACUCCACAAAAAGACGUUAUGCUGGACACAGUGGACAUGCUGGACACAGGGGACAUGCUGGACACAGGGGACAGGCUGGACACAGUGGACAUGCUGGACACAGGGGACAUGCUGGACACAGGGGACAUGCUGGACACAGGGGACAUGCUGGACACAGGGGAUAUGCUGGACACUGUGGACAUGCUGGACACAGGGGACAUGCUGGACACAGGGGACAGGCUGGACACAGUGGACAUGCUGGACACAGGGGACAGGCUGGACACUGUGGACAUGCUGGACACAGGGGUCAUGCUGGACACAGGGGACAUGCUGGACACAGGGGACAUGCUGGACACAGUGGAUAUGCUGGACACAGUGGAUAUGCUGGACACAGUGGACAUGCUGGACACAGGGGACAUGCUGGACACAGGGGAUAUGCUGGACACUGUGGACAUGCUGGACACAGGGGACAUGCUGGACACAGGGGACAUGCUGGACACAGGGGACAUGCUGGACACAGGGGACAUGCUGGACACAGGGGACAUGCUGGACACAGUGGAGAUGCUGGACACAGGGGACAUGCUGGACACAGGGGACAUGCUGGACACAGGGGACAUGCUGGACACAGGAGACAUGCUGGACACAGGGGACAUGCUGGACACAGUAGAGAUGCUGGACACAGGGGACAUGCUGGACACAGGAGACAUGCUGGACACAGGGGACAUGCUGGACACAGGGAACAUGCUGGACACAGGGGACAUGCUGGACACAGGGGACAUGCUGGACACAGGGGACAUGCUGGACACAGGGAACAUGCUGGACAGAGGGGACAUGCUGGACACAGGGGACAUGCUGGACACAGGGGACAUGCUGGACACAGGGGACAUGCUGGACACAGGAGACAUGCUGGACACAGGGGACAUGCUGGACACAGGAGACAUGCUGGACACAGGAGACAUGCUGGACACAGGAGACAUGCUGGACACAGGAGACAUGCUGGACACAGGGGACAUGCUGGACACAGGAGACAUGCUGGACACAGGGGACAUGCUGGACACAGGGGACAUGCUGGACACAGGAGACAUGCUGGACACAGGGGACAUGCUGGACACAGGAGACAUGCUGGACACAGGGGACAUGCUGGACACAGGAGACAUGCUGGACACAGGAGACAUGCUGGACACAGGGGACAUGCUGGACACAGGGGACAUGCUGGACACAGGGGACAUGCUGGACACAGGAGACAUGCUGGACACAGUGGACAUGCUGGACACAGGAGACAUGCUGGACACAGGGGACAUGCUGGACACAGGGGACAUGCUGGACACAGUGGACAUGCUGGACACAGGGGACAUGUUCUCCAUGUCCAGACAGCUGUUCCUGAAAUGUGGGAAUGUU